AUGCUCCUGUCCACACAGCUCCUGUCCACGCAGCUCCUGUCCACACAACUCCUGUCCACACAGCUCCUGUCCACACAGCUCCUGUCCACGCAGCUCCUGUCCACGCAGCUCCUGUCCACACAGCUCCUGUCCACGCAGCUCCUGUCCACGCAGCUCCUGUCCACGCAGCUCCUGUCCACGCAGCUCCUGUCCACGCAGCUUCUGUCCACGCAGCUCCUGUCCACACAGCUCCUGUCCUCGCAGCUCCUGUCCUCGCAGCUCCUGUCCACGCAGCUCCUGUCCACGCAGCUCCUGUCCACGCAGCUCCUGUCCACGCAGCUCCUGUCCACGCAGCUCCUGUCCACACAGCUCCUGUCCACGCAGCUCCUGUCCACGCAGCUCCUGUCCACGCAGCUCCUGUCCACACAGCUCCUGUCCACGCAGCUCCUGUCCACCACGCAGCUCCUGUCCACGCAGCUCCUGUCCACGCAGCUCCUGUCCACGCAGCUCCUGUCCACACAGCUCCUGUCCACGCAGCUCCUGUCCACGCAGCUCCUGUCCACGCAGCUCCUGUCCACGCAGCUCCUGUCCACGCAGCUCCUGUCCACGCAGCUCCUGUCCACGCAGCUCCUGUCCACGCAGCUCCUGUCCACGCAGCUCCUGUCCACGCAGCUCCUGUCCACGCAGCUCCUGUCCACGCAGCUCCUGUCCACACUGCUGAUCAGGCUGGUGCUGCUGAUGCUGGUCCUGCUCAUCAUCAGGCCCUGGCUCCUCUUCCACUGGCUCCCAGAGAUCACCAUCGCUGACGCAGAUGUUGUGCAGGAUGGCGCAACAGGCAGUCACCUCGACUGCAAAGAUCGUGCCCGUGCAUGGUGCCGGUUGAAGCGGGCUUCCACUGGGCUCCGAACAGGCUCUCUGUAUGGAGUGAGGAGUGUGAUGGGCUGA